CUUGGCUGAUAAAAGAUACAUGGGACAUAUAAACCAUUAGAGAUCAAAAAGAAACAUUGCAAGAACUGUACAGGAUUAACCUGAUUGCACAGCCAUGGAAGGGGAUUGUUUGAGCUGCAUGAAGUACCUGAUGUUUGUCUUUAAUUUCUUCAUAUUUCUGGGUGGCACAUGUCUACUAGGAGUUGGAAUCUGGGUCAUAGUGGAUCCCACUGGAUUUCGAGAGAUAGUGGCUACUAAUCCUCUGCUGUUCACUGGGGCAUACAUCAUGCUGGCCAUGGGAGCAAUGCUCUUCCUGCUGGGCUUCCUUGGGUGCUGUGGAGCCAUCCGUGAGAACAAAUGCCUGCUCCUCUUUUUCUUCAUGUUUAUUUUGCUAAUCUUCCUGGCAGAACUCUCAGCUGCAAUCCUGGCUUUUAUCUUUAGGGAAAAUCUGACCCGAGAGUUCUUUACCAAGGAGCUAAAGAAGCACUAUCAGGGGAACAAUGAGUCGGAUAUCUUCUCUUCCACCUGGAACUCCGUCAUGAUCACAUUUGGCUGCUGUGGUGUCAAUGGUCCAGAAGAUUUUAAAUCUGCUCCACGUUUUCAACUUCUGUAUUCACACGAUGCAUUCCCUGAAGCUUGCUGCCGACGGGAGAUCCAGUCCCGAGAUGGAGUGUUUGUCAGCAAGGAAAAUUGUCUCAUGGGAAAGGAAAUAUACCAAAACCGGCAGGGCUGCUACACUGUGAUUCUGAACUCUUUUGAGACAUAUGUAUACCUUGCAGGAGCACUUGCCAUUGGUGUUUUAGCCAUAGAGCUGUUUGCAAUGAUCUUUGCCAUGUGCCUCUUUCGGGGAAUCCAGUAA